AUGUUGACUGAAUUACGUGCUGCUCUGGCUUCUCUUGUUGGGGAUCUGGGCAUCCUUGCAAUCCCUACAGUUCCUGGGCCUCCUCCAAAACUUCAAACAGAGGCUUCUACCCUGGAAACUUUUUGUGUCAGAGCUUUUAGCUUGUUGUCCAUUGCUGGAGUAUCUGGAUUUUGCCAGUUGAGCAUACCUCUUGGGAUGUAUGAUAAUCUUCCGGUGGCAGUGUCUUUGCUAGCAAAACAUGGCUCAGAUGCAUUCCUGCUGAAUGUUGUUGAGAUCCUUUAUGACACUCUCAAGGAGCAGGUUGAAAUUGCAGAAAAUUUGGGUUACUAA